AGUUUGCCGCACACGCUCGUGGAACGCACUUGGAUAGCGCUCCGUAGUUCUCGCUGUAGUACCUCAACCUUUUGUACCUUCACCUCUGCUCCCCGUUAAGCACAAUCUAAUCACACUGAAAGUCGAUUUCUGAUAGGGCGCCAAGCGAUAGGAGGAGCACCGCUUUACCCAUUGGAAUUCAACUUGAAUGCUUAGUCUUGCCACAAGCUUGGUAGCGAACGAGUGCGAAAACUAACUGGCAGCAUGGGCGUCAAGGUCAAGGAAACGACACCCCAGCAAAUCGAGGAGCUGCGCGAUAGGUUCAAUCGCAAAUAUGCCUCAUCCCCUCCGGCAGCACCUUUCCAUCCGACCGAUAUUGAUCGUAUUCGCAACGAUCAUCUGUGGCUUCAAAGGUUUCUGGAAAUGUAUGAUCUCGACAUGGAGACCUCCUUUAAUUCGCUGUGGGAAACCUGUAUCUUGCGUCAGUCAACUGGGGCAAACGAUAUCGAUGAGAGCGAGUUGAACCAGGAGUAUUUGAAGGAGGGAUCCGUGUUUGUGCACAACACUGAUGUGGAUGGCAAGCCGUUGUUGGUAUUCCGCGUUAAGAUGCACAGUAAGUCCAAGAACCUGGACGAACUGAUACGCAUCGUGGUGUACUGGGUGGAAAGGACUCAGAGGGAGCAGCAUCUGACCCAGUUGACCAUAUUCUUCGACAUGUCGGGCACGAGUUUGGCCUCCAUGGAUCUGGAGUUUGUGAAACGCAUUGUGGAGACAUUUAAGCAGUUCUAUCCCAAUAGCUUGAACUACAUUUUGGUAUAUGAACUGGGCUGGGUACUAAAUGCUGCUUUUAAGGUCAUCAAGGCGGUGCUGCCACCCAAAGCGGUUGAGAUUUUAAAAAUGAUAUCGAAAAAGGACAUCAACCAGUACAUUAACAAGGAUAACUGCCUGGCCAUCUGGGGUGGCGAGGAUAACUACGAAUUUAGCUUUGUGCCGGAGGCUAAAAAGGUCAUUUCCAAACCGGUGGCUGCCAAUGCUGGCGAUGAUGACCAAUUCGCGGACAAAAAGUUGCAGUUCAUUUUACGCCAGACGGAAGCGGCAGCAACAACAGCUGGAAGAAGCUGAUCGAGUGUGAGCGAGACAGCAGUCACGGAGCGAGCUUUUGGGUCACCUUUGUCGAUUCCGCUCCCAUGGUGCUCAAGGAGACCAACAUCAACAAGAUGCACACUCCAUCCGAGGGCAUGUUGCACAUCAAUCCCAAGGAUUUUGUCAACUUCAAUUCCAAGAAUGCGGAAGCCACGAUGACCAUCAAGUCUAUUGCCACCUCGGCAGUGACGUACAAGAUCCAAACCACAUCGCCGGAGAAGUUCCGUGUGCGACCACGUUGCGGCAUCAUCCAGCCCAAUCAGGAGGCCACCAUCAACAUAUGGUUGAAGUCGGAGCACAAGCUUAGUGACGACAGCAAGGAUAAGUUCCUGGUGAUGGCUAUGGUCGCGCCAGGCGGUGAAUGCGGUGGCGCCGAUGUGACCGAGCUGUGGCGGAGCAAAUCCCCCACAUCUGCGGAUGUGGAGCAGCAUCGACUGGUCUGCCGCUUCGAUGAGAACAAAUCAAAAGCGCAGCUAGAUUGCGCAAGCAAGUCCAGUAAGGCCAGCGUGGAUUGCAGCAAGAAGUCCGGUGCUGGCGUAGAUCCAGCUACGGCAAUGGAGCGUCAGUUGGCAUUCACCCAGAACCUGCAAUACGUGACGCUGGCGCUGUUGUUCCUGUUGUUUGCCGGCUUCGGCUUUCUGAUGUACCAGCAGCUCGGCCAGCACGCCGCUACCUGUCCCAAGGCAACGGCGUAUUCGUGCGCUAAGCGCAAAUAAUAUUUACUUAGCCCGUGCAAUUUGACCAGGCAGGAGCUAGACAUUGCCGCUCGCGAUAGCCACAACAAUAACGAAGACGACUGCGACUGUCCAGAGCUGGAGAACUGUGCCUGUGCUGUUGAUUUGAUGAAUCUAGGUCUGGACUGUGCCGAUACGAUGGACCAAUACGAUGGCGAAUGCCUCGAGGCACUGAUACAGGCGCAUCUGCAGCUGUGCCUCAGCUGUCAGGGCACUGGUGAUUGGCAGCUGGGCGGCGUUGCUGCCGGCGGCCAUUUGCUGGGAUUCAUCGCAUUCGCAAGGAAGAUGGUGCGCGUCGUUCUUUCGCUAUCGCUGCUGUGCGGCAUCUUGUUCGUGAGCUUCUACCUGGGAAGCAACUACGGCGGAAACUCCACCACCACUACCAUAACCACCUCCCUAGCCACAGUCGACUCAGGCAGAGGCAAUCGUCAGCCGUGUUACUACUCGUAGUGAAGCCAAAACCCUCAACUGUGCAUGCCAGGGUGGUUCGAUUUGUUCAGCAGUAAAUGCAACUUGUUCACCUCUGUACACGUAAUAAUCCAUUUUGACCCUUGCCAGGUAUGAAAACUACAAAUAUUAAAGCCUUCUUACAUACUUCAAUGGCUUGCAUUCAUGAAUUCCCGGGUCCUGCGAAUUGUUUAGACACCUUUGCUUUUAAAGGUAAUUUUAAGAUGUUUCCCUUCAUUGCAAAUCGAACCACCCUCCAAGCAAAUACAUAUUUUUGUAUAAAUCUUAAGACCUACCAUAAGAGUAACAAUUUCGUGUUUCCUGAUAUUAUUGAGUAAAUGAUGUCUCGCGCUUACGAGACAAUCUCCC